AUGGCGCACACCAGUACAAGCGAAUUCACCUCCGGCAGUAGCGUGAAUGUCGAAGAAAUCCGGGAAGUCCGCGAAAGGGAGAAGAGGGAGAUGCAAGGACUGAACGAUCGACUGGCAGAUUAUAUCGCGCAGGUUCGUUUUCUGGAAGCACAAAAUCGAAAACUCAGUCAUGAGCUGGAGAGGUUGAAGAAGGCUAUGCACGCCCCCGGAAUUCGCAUGAUGUACGAAAAAGAGAUAGCGCAAAUGCAAGCGAUCGAUGCUAAGAGAGAUUAUGGUAACACAGAAGAAGAUGUUCGAGGCCUUACUGCAGAUCUGACUCGUAUCAGAAACAGGAAUGGACUUUGAGGCCUAAAUUCUCGUUGAGAAGUUUCGGAGUAAGAGACACAUGGCGCAUCAUCGAGAUUAUAGCCGAAGAAAGUUGUCAAACACUUUUCCCUUUGCACCUCGAUUUGUUAGCCAAUUACUAAAAACGCUGCUAACAAGGGAGAGUUCCCAAGUCAGCUUGGCCAACCCGG